AUGGAUCCUCUCAAUUAUCAUCCGAUAUUUCCGGCUACUAUGUCAGGUAGACGAUUUGAACAGAUUCUGAGGUACUUGAAUUGUGCAGAUGAUGAAAAUAAGGAGGAUAAUCUCUAUAAAGUUAGUUGGCUUGUGAAAUCUAUCAUUAAGUCAAGCCAAAAUAUGUUUUCUCCGCCAGAAGCUUUAUCUCUAGAUGAAUCACUGUUACUUUUCCGAGGCCGAUUACGGUUUCGGGUUUACAUAAAAAACAAAAAAAGUAAAUAUGGGAUUAAGUUCUAUGAGCUGUGUUCCAAUGACGGAUAUGUCCUAAAUAUAGAAAUUUAUAAAGUUAUCGGAAAUCCUAUUGCAAAGGAAAACUCACAGCACAGGGACAUUCGCUCGAAUAGAAAAGGUAAUCCCAAAGAGGUUACUGGAGCCAAGUUGAAAUCUGGGCAACAUAUUUGGAGAAGAAAGGGAAAUGUCCAGAAAGAUAACAAGACGUUCAAAGAGUUCCGAAAUGAUUUAAUAAAAUCCUUACUUGGGAUCUCUCCGGAUCAGAGAGAUGGAAGGGUAUUUGUCAACUUGAUGAAAAAAACAAAGUCUUUGCCAUCCAAAAAAAGUAGAGAAAAUUUGGGCCACGUUUUGGAGGCUAUACCUGUGCCAGAAAACAAAAAAGGUAAAAAAAAAAGAUUUACAAACUCUGUAAACAGUGCUACCUAG